GGUGGCCGGUAAAUAGUUUAUCAUUCGAAUGGCUUGAAACGAGUUUUAUCGUUGUUGCCUUUUUAUAUGUUGAGAUUUUAUCUCUGCUGAUGACUUCUCCCAGCGAAGGAAUUGAUGCCUGGCUGGCCGAGGCGGCUGGCCUGCCGCUGAGGCGACGCUGCGCCGAGGUGGGGCGACUCCUGGACGAGUGCCGGGAGCGGGACCUGGAGGCGCUGUUCCCCGCCGUGGUGGGCGACGUGUUCGGGGCGGGCGGCUCCCGCGACUGGGGGCUGCGCUCCACGCUCCGCAAGUACGCGCCGGCCGACUUCGACGCCCUGGUGGGCCUCCUGGGACCGCAGGGCCCCGUGUUCCGGGCCUGCUACCGCCUGCUCGCCAACUGCUACCUCAAGUACCAGUUCCCCCUGGCGUUCCUGCCCCCGAAAAUCAAGAAACUCAUUGAAGAUGGCUCGGUUCCCCCGUUCUACAUGGACAAGGUAUACGUCGACCAUCAGACCAGGAUGGUGGCAGCUCUCCAACUCAACCCGCUGGAGCUGUACCUGUUCCACUUCGCGCACCGCCUGGUGAACCCCUGGCUGCAGCGGCCGGACGAGGCGUGGCGGCAGGGCGACACGCCCUACGCCCGGCUCCUCGAGGAGUACCUGGGCCACCUGCUGCCGUGCGAGGGCCCCGUGCAGCCGUGCCCGCCCCGCGCCGUCGCCCCGCUCCACGUCUCCCCCGCCAGGCCGGCUUCGCCCCCCAGCCUGCUGCGGGCGUCCCUGCUGCUGAGCCAGGCGUCUCCGGCCGGCGCGCGCCGCCCCACCUCCCCCAUCUCCGCGCACCCGGCCGCCGGCCGCACCGAGAUCUGGCGCAGCGAGACCGCCGUGCAGGUGUUCAUGGACUACUGGCUGGGCUGCGACGCCGGGGACUCCCCGCCGGCCCUCAGGGGCUCGCUGCCGUGCUUGGAGCACGUACGCAUCGUGCGGCACUUGAUCAAGUACCUCCAUUAUUUCGCCAACAGUGCCUCCGACGAGGUGACUGCCCUGAACGAGCUGAAGAGGAUCAUCCUGCCGUCCUGCCAGGGCAGGAUCUACUCGUUCCUGCGCUGCACGAUCCAGCAGUGGCCGCUCGACUCCUCCUUCCGCCUGAUCCUGGAGACCUGGCUGAGCUUCGUCCAGCCGUGGCGCUACCCCCCGCCGCCGCAUCGCGCGGCGGACGACGACGACGGGCCGGGCGCCGUCGACGCACGCUGGCUGGGCUUCGUCGCGCAGAACCUGCUGGCCUACACGGCCGUGUUCCGGCAGCUGCUGCCACGCUUCUCGCGCGUCGACCUGGCCAUGCCCAAGAACGCCUACAUGCUGUACCGUGUCACCAAGGUGUUCUCCCAGCCGGGGCUGAGCCCCAUGGUGGCGGAGGUGGAGCGGGCGCUGGAGGGCCAGGGACACAAGUGGUCGGCCGUGGUGCGCCAGCAGGCCCUGGAGCUCGAGGGACCCGCCUUCGUCUACGAGCCCUUGUUCUCCGCCAAGAUGGCAGCGCAGGUGUGCCAGUUCGUGGCGAAGGUGCAGGAGGCCCAGCGGACGGCCCAGCGCCUGGCGCGGGCGCGCGAGGCGGAGGCCCUGCGGCGGCCGAGCGGCCUCUCCGCCUGGCUCCGCGAGCUGCUGCUCGGCCGGCCAGACUCGGACGAGUACUCCGUCGAGGACCGCAGGAAGGUGCUCACCUACCUGGACCUGUCCCGCCACCACCUGCUCGCCAUGUUCCAGCUAGAUGCGUCGCAGGUUCCAGACUUCGGGGACGCAAGCCCGCUAGGUUCUCCAGGUUGUGAUGAGAUCUUCCGCACGCCGGACACGAGCGCGCGAUGGUCGCCGGACGGCAGCGGCCAGCGCCGCGCCAGCCCGCGCAUCUCGCCGCCGCGCGCCCGCCAGACGCCGGCGUGCCUCGGCUACGAGGGCGACCCAGACCUGCAGCCAAUCAGGAGCUUCGAGAUCGCCUUCCUGGUGCGCUUCCUGUACCAGGUCUGCUCCAAGAUAAACGAAAUGUACGGCGUGGAGAUAUUCAACGUGUACCACCGCGGGGAUGUGUGGGGCCGCAUAGCACGCCAGUUCCUCCAGCCGCCCCUGCGCAUCCGCGUGUACGACAAGAGCGCGUCGCACUGCGGCUCGCCGCUCGUGGAGGAGGUGCUGCCCCCGCGGCUCAGCCUGCGGUCGCUCGCGAACCGCUGGACCGCCGCGCGGCUCGCCGGGUUCCUGCUGGCGGCGUGGUGGGCGCUGGGGUGGGGGCCAUUCACGUCCGCGGUCCUCCUGCUGGCAGCCUGCCUGGCCUGGGCGUCCGCCCGGGCGCUGCUGGCGCCGCUGUUCGCGAGCGAGCCGGCCCCUCGCCCCCGGGCGCCGCUGCCGGACGACAGCUUCGACGAGCGGGCCUUCCUGUCCUCCUGACUCCCGCCCUCGGGAGACUCUCGGCGAGACUGCCGACGCACCGCGUGUUUUUAACUCAAAUUUCAAUUAAACGUUUCCACAAUUG